GCUCUCGCGCAGCUCGAAGGGGAAAUACACCCACACCUCGUAGAGAGAAGUCGUUGCAAUGCGGACGCGGCAUGUGUAGCGAGACCAACAUCAACGCGAUACUGUAGAAGUGUGUUGAGAUGGGAUGAUGGGAUGCAGUCUGGUUUGCUCGAUGAAACAUUACCUAAGGUUGAGAUCUCCUGGCGACCUGCCCGUGCUUCUGCCGCUAAAGGCUUCGCGAGGCCUCGGCCUUGGCCUGCCUCCCUCACGACCACCUUCGCUCCUCGAUGCCGCAGCCGGAUGGGUUGCUCGUGGGGUGGCAUUUGCAUGACGUGCAACGAUGUCCUCCGUCCCAUGGUACAGCAAAGUCACACAUCAUCAUUGCCCGGGGUCAGAGGGGACGAAAGCUCGAAGAGAUACGCGGCCAUGCGAGCCGGGCGCAGCCAUCUGCAAGGCCAGGCAUGUUUAAGCUUAAUUCCCGCCGGCAACCCCUACCUGCCCUGCCCUGCCCGGCCACGGGUACGAUGGCCCCCAAUCUCUUGCUGCGCGCGAGCUGCUCCUGAGCCCCAGGCCGGAGAUGACUCGUCGAGAGGUGCGCAAUGUGCUAAUUGGGAAGUCUACCUCGCUCUCGGGACCCGCCCGGCUGCAGGCCUGCCUGAGUGUCUGUCCCGUUUCGUUUGGGCGGAGGCUUGGCUGCUGCCUCGCUAUAUCUAUCUAUCCACCUCCAUCCUGAUCCCGCCGCCUUUCCUCAGGACCCCAGCGCGCACGACCCGCUUUGUCUGCAGACAGCACGCCCUCGAUCCCAACCAUGGGCAGGCACCAGGGGAGCAGCUCGGCGGCCGCGUCCAGCAGCAGCGCCGCAGCCACCUCUUCCUCCGCCCCGGCCUCGGGCCAGCGUGUCACAGGUGCCGUCCCUGCUGCGCAAGGGGACACAUCGGCGCCGUCGUCGUCAACACAAACUCCAACCACCCUGACUCAGUCACCUCCACCACUCCCACCACCGCUUCUAAUCCCCCCCUUACCACCAUCUUCACGCCUCCUGCGCGAUGUGCUCACAUCGAAUACUCCUUCUCCGCCGCCCAGAGCGGCACCAGCACAUUCUGGCGCGAUGCCAGCGGCCCCGGCCUCGGCACCCAGUCCGCCUGCUAUCCCCCUGGCUUCGCAGCGGUUCAAACCUCCUCCAACCUCCAAUACUCCCCCGGUGUAUGUCCGUCCGGCUAUCUGCCUGCCAGCAGCGCCACCGCACCUAGCCAAUCGGCAAUGACGUCCUGGUGCUGCCGCUCCGGUCUCAAGUACGCGCAGGACUUUGGCUGCUUCACCACCAUCACCACUCCCACGGUCGUCCGGCUCAACGCCGAAUCCACCACGACCAUGAGCACCGCCUUCGUCGCCGCCGACUGGCCCAUCCAAGUCGCCUGGAACUCCGCCGACCUCAACCUCUUCACCCCGGCCUCGGCGCCGCUGAUCGAAGCUUCGGCGGCCGCGGCCAACAACACGCAAGCCAACAUGACCGGGCAGGAGAUCGCGGGACUGGGCAUCGGCGUGCCCGCCGCCGUCGCCGCCAUCGCCGUGGCAUGCUAUGCGCUGUGGCGCCGCAAACGCCGCCAACCGCACCAUGCCGAGCUCCUCGACGACGAUCCCAGCGAGAUGGAGCAGACCUAUUUCACCUGGACCCCCGAACCCAAGCGAACCGACACCCCUCACAUCGAAGUCCCCGUGCCGACGGUCCAGAGCAGACGCUUCGACGUUGCUUACAGGGUGGGUGAACCGGGCCCGAGCUACAGCACCAGUUAUAGUCCCCCGGAAGCUGCACUGGAUGAGACCGAGCCUCCUGCCGAACCGAGAUGAAUGACUGCAAGUGGUGGGGAAACGAAUGCUGAAGUGCAAGGAGACGUGGGCCACGUAAGACAGAUUGGGCGUGCAAGCCUGAAACUUCCGCUUCUGGUCAUCGAGGAGAGAAGCA